AUGAAGUACGUUCUUGUAUCUGGAGGUGUGAUUUCCGGCAUUGGAAAGGGCGUCAUCGCCUCUUCCACUGGCUUGUUACUCAAGACAAUUGGGCAUGGAGAAGUCUUUGUUCUUGAUGAUGGAGGAGAAGUCGACCUCGACCUUGGAAACUACGAGCGCUAUCUCAACAUCACACUCACUCGCGAAAACAACAUUACCACGGGCAAGGUCUAUCAGCAUGUCAUCGAACGUGAACGUAGAGGCGACUAUCUCGGAAAGACUGUACAAGUUGUGCCACAUUUGACCGAUGCAAUUCAAGAUUGGAUUGAGAGAGUUGCGCGAAUUCCAGUUGACGAUACAAAAGAGACUCCGGAUGUUUGUAUUAUUGAAUUGGGUGGUACUGUUGGAGAUAUCGAGAGUGCGCCAUUUAUUGAGGCCAUGAGACAGUUGAAGAGAAGAGCUGGAAAAGGCAACUUCUUGCAAAUUCAUGUUUCAUUGGUACCUGUUAUUCAGGGCGAGCAGAAGACGAAGCCAACCCAACAAGCCAUUAGAGAUGUUGGUAGAGCUGGAUUGGUUCCGGACUUGAUUGCUUGUCGAUGCGAUGUUCCACUCGAAAAAAGUACCGUCGAAAAGAUCGCAAUGUUCUGCCAAGUUGAAAGCGAACAGGUUAUUGGUGUACACAACGUUAAAUCCACUUACCACGUUCCUUUACUCCUUGAACAACAAGGUCUCAUCUCGACCUUGAAGAAAAUCCUCAAUCUCGACGAAAUUCCAAUGGCGAAAGCCCUUGUUGAAAAAGGUCAGAGAACAUGGACUGAAUGGAAAUUUCUUACAACUCAGCAAGAGCGUUCAUUUGAAGAUGUUUCCAUUGUUCUCGUAGGUAAAUAUACCAAGCUUCACGACUCAUAUCUAAGCGUCAUCAAAUCUCUCGAGCAUUCGGCUAUGCGAUGUGGGAAGAAGCUUAAUUUGAUCUGGGUCGAAGCUGAACACCUCGAGGACGACGCUAAGCCAACCGAAUUCCACAAGGCAUGGCAUGAGGUCUGCACUGCAGAUGGUAUUCUUGUCCCUGGAGGAUUUGGUGAUCGAGGAACAGAGGGUAUGAUUGCAGCUGCUAAGUGGGCGCGUACCAACAAGACACCCUAUCUUGGAAUCUGUCUGGAAUUCCAACCAGGCUCUGAAUGGUCCCGUCUCCGUAGGCUCUAUGGCGAGAAGACAGAGGUCCAUGAACGUCAUCGUCAUCGCUAUGAAGUCAACCCCGAGUAUGUCGACCGACUACACUCUGGUGGUCUUGAAUUCGUUGGAAAGGAUGACAAGGGUGAGAGAAUGGAGAUUGUUGAAAUCAAAGAUCAUCCUUGGUAUGUAGGUGUACAAUUCCACCCGGAAUACCUCUCUCGAGUUUUGGCCCCAAGCAAAUCAUACUUGGGAUUCGUAGCAGCAGCAGCAGGAUGCUUGGAUAAGAUCACGGAGGAUUGUGUGAAGGCUGAGUUGGCCAACAGUGUCAAUGGGAGUUUGACGAAUGGAGUCAAUGGUGUUACUAUCUAA